UCAUUUCCCAUAGUACAUUUUGCGUUUAGUAAUUUGUAUAGUAAAGUAAAUAUAUUUCAAGUUUAAUUAUAAUGCCCUUAAUCAUUAUUUGUGGAACACCAGUAAGUGGUAAAACAUCAAGAACUACAGAAUUAAAACAGUUUUUCGAAAAUGUGCAUAACAAAAACGUAGAAAUCGUAUCAGAAGACGAAGCCAUUAUAAAGUUGGGUUAUGAGAAAAACUCCACGUAUUUAGACUCUCAAAAGGAGAAAAGGGUAAGAGGUUACCUUAAAUCGGAAGUUAUACGUCUGAUUGGCAAGGAUAACGUUGUCAUUUUGGAUGGAAGCAAUUACAUAAAAGGUUACCGCUAUGAGCUGUAUUGUGCUUCAAAAGCAUCAAAAUCAACACAGUGCACCAUAUACACAAUACGUAAUCAACAAGAGGCAUGGGAUGACAACAUAAGAAGGAUAGAGGCAAAUGAAAGUAAACCAAAUGACAACCCUGAUUUAAAUAAGCAACCGUACACUGAGGAAGUGUUUAAUGCUCUUACCAAAUUAAGGUUUGAAGAGCCAAACUCCAACAACAGAUGGGACAGUCCCCUAUUCACAGUGCAGACAACUAGUCAGUUGGAUCUUGACGCAGUAUACAAAGUCCUGUUUGAGAAGAAACCUCCACCACCCAAUAUGAGCACACAGAAUCCUCCACUCAGCUCAACAAACUUCCUAUACGAAAUAGACAAAGUGACGCAGGCGAUAUCAAAACAAAUCCUAGACUCAAAACAGUUAAAUCUAGACAUAAUUAAGUUCCCAGAAUACCCAGGCUGUGUGUUAGAAGUUGGUUUCAUACAAUCAGUUAAUCCUCAGAAAUUGUUAAGGCUCAGAAGACAGUUCCUGACUUAUGCAAAGAUGAGCCAUUCAAAUGAAGAAGCGAAUAAAAUAGGACGAUUUUAUAUCCAAUAUUUGAAUAAAACUUUAACAGAUUAAAUUAAAUUUUUCUCUUACCGGAUGUCAUAAGUGUCAUGCCGGCUUUCAGUGCAAGAAAUGGGUGUGGUUCCAAUACCUAAGUGUCUCUAACGACUUGCAUGCCUCUAACAACAUAACGCAACUUCCUUGCAUAACGCGUGAUUUCUAGCAGUUAGUUCCUGCAGCAUAGAGUGUUAAGAAACUUUGUCCCGAAAACAUAUCUGCUAUUAACUAGAAAAGAUUUGGCUAACGCUACACAAGCUUUAUAGAUCUCGGCCUAAGAAUACUAAGUUCUCUCAAGUUGCCACUCUAGCAUAGGCUUGUAGAAAUAAUCUCGUUUUUUUUACCGAUGAUAUUAAUAUCGAGUAUCGAAAAUUUAAUAACAUAUAUUUCCAAAAGCCACCACUUAAUUGCCACUGACAAACUACCGUAACCUAUUCUUAAAAAAGAUUACUUGGUUUUGUCUAUUCUCACCAAU